AAAUGGGAGAACAUAGAUACCGAUUCCGAGCCAGAAGCCUCGCAGCAGCAGGCGCCCAUGGUGAAAGCAAGCCGAUCACUUGAUCCAGUCGUCCCGGGGUCGGCUGCGUCACCCUUAACGACGGCACAGAGCGCGUCAGGGUCUAUCCAAGCCGUCAAUCACCCUGUCUUCUCGCGGCCUGUGCCUGACGUCCCAAGGCUCAUUGAGGUUCCGGUGGUCCUGUACCGGGUAGGCACUCAGUCCAGCAACCAGGCCGACCUUGACAAUCAGAUUGCCACGUACCUCAACAUCGAUGCCGAUUCCGGGUUUGCGCUCCCGGAGUGGCAGUCACAUGUCGGCACUAUUGUCGUCGCACGUAAGGACAGGAAGUCGCUGCUGCCGCAGCAUCUUGAGGGCGUGUGGAUGUACUGCGAUCGCAUUCUGGACCUCUUUGGUGAGGGUGAAGGCGCGCCGCGAAUGCUGUACAGCCAAAAGGCCUUUGAAGAUUGGUGGACGGGUUAUUGCGAGGAACAGAAGCAGUUCCGGCUGGGGAAGGGAGGCGAAGAGGAUGCGGAUGACUGGCGGGCAGUAAGGUCACCUUAUGAUAUGUAA